UGUUAUAAUGAUCCCAUAAAAUUUCCACUAACUGUAACUGCCCUUCUUUCACCCCAAGUUCAGGGAACCCCUUAAGCCCUGAGAGCUGGGAGGAAGCAGUGAGAUGAGAAGGGAGUGGGGAGCUACAAGCCUGGGUCCAGACCAGGUCCUUGCUCUGGCUGUAUCUCUUUAUUUCUUUCACAUGUCCCCUGUGCUUAGGGACAGGUCAAGGCAUUCAGUUGGUGAGAGGACUCGCUCUUUUCCUCCACAGACACAUGGGUGUGUGGGGUGUGCAGUAUUGUUCUGGUCUCUUCUCAGAAAGCCUGCUGGUCCUGACCCCCACCAACUGAUAGCCCCUUUCCUUUUUCUCUUCUGUGAUGCAAUGAAAAGUCAGCCUGGUCUAAUUUUGAAUUCUAGCACCACCACUUAAGUACUUCAGGUGAAUUGCAUACUUUCUCUGUAAGCCUGAAGUCUAAUUUCUUUGGGAGUUGAAUGGUUUUAGUGAGAUAAUGUUUGAAACAUGUCCGGCUCAUAGUAGGCGCUUAAUAAAAUGUCAGGUUUUUCUCCUAUUCCUCCCUCCCCCCCCCAAGACCAAAACCGAAACAAAAGCCCUGGUUUCUGAAAGUUACCAGGGACAGGGAGUGUGGGGUUCCAAACGGUUCCUUCUGUGACUCUUGGUGACAUUUUGAGCCUCUUAUCACUGCCCCUUAUUCUCUGGCCCUCUACCCAACUCCCUCCCUCCUCCAUGAGUUUUGUUUUUGCAUAGCUUCUGUGGUCCAUAGUUCCAGCACUUCUCUUUCCAAGCCUAAGAAAUUCUUUCUCCAGGAAGGACUUUCUUACCCAGAAGACACAGGAUGUGAAACAAGGGGAGAGGAGGAGCUGAAGAAGUAGGGCUGGGCAGGGACCUUGGAAUAAAAAACCCAGAGAAUUUCCCUCUCAGGAGUGUGUAAUGACCAAACUGGCACUAGACCAGUGUCCAUUCUAAGGGGCAAAAAGGGAGUGGGAUUAGUGAGGUCAGGGGAUUGGAGGACACUGAUGGACUGGGGAAUGGUGAGUGGUGGUUUUGGAGGGAAAGGAGGAAGCCUAGAAACUGGAAAGGGCCUCGGGUGGAGGGAGGUGAGCCUCAUCCUGGGAAUCCGAGCAGGCACUGGGGGGACUCAAAGAGGAGGGGAGGGCGUGGGGACAGACGUCUGAAACAGUGGUGUGGGGUGGCUCACGUGGGAAGAUGGGAAAUGAAAAGAUGUAGGCGGUCCUGCCGCCCCCUCCCACGCCGUGGGGGGGGCGGGGCAGUCCCGCAGCCCAGACUCCUGGGAGCCCCUAGGAGCCCGCCGAGGACGCGCUCCCACGCCGCGGAGGGGUGGUGGGGAGGGAGGAGUAGGGGGCUGUGGGCGGGGCCCGGGGACCCGCCCCGCCCCCGCCUUCCCGGCGCGGCAAGGUCGGGGAGCUCCCCUCGCCUGGGCGGAGCUGGGCUCGCUCCAUUGUGGAGAGGAGGGGAGAGGCGCGCGCCGAGCAUCGCCGCCCGCGCUCGCCUCCUGGCCGCAGCGGCUGCACCUGGCCGGCCCCGCAGCCGGGAUGCGGCGGACGCCCGAGACUGGCGGGCAGCGCAGCGGCUCCGGGGACAUGUGCGCUGGCCCAGACCGCCCGCGACCAUGAGCCUGACCGCCCGCGUCUCCUGCUCCAUGCUCAGCUGCUUCGGUGAGGAGGGGCCCCCCAGCCUGGAGUACAUCCAAGCCAAGGAUCUGUUCCCCCCCAAGGAACUAGUGAAAGAGGAGGAGAAUCUGCAGGUGCCCUUCACAGUGCUGCAGGGUGAGGGAGUGGAGUUCCUGGGCCGCGCAGCCGAUGCCCUCAUUGCCAUCUCCAACUACCGGCUGCAUAUCAAGUUCAAGGAUUCUGUUAUCAACGUCCCCCUCCGGAUGAUUGACAGCGUGGAGAGCCGUGAUAUGUUCCAGUUGCACAUCGCCUGCAAGGACUCCAAAGUGGUGAGGUGCCACUUCUCCACUUUCAAGCAGUGCCAAGAGUGGCUCUCGCGGCUAAGUCGGGCCACGGCGAGACCCGCGAAGCCUGAGGACCUGUUUGCCUUUGCCUACCAUGCCUGGUGCCUGGGGCUGACUGAGGAGGACCAGCACACCCACCUGUGUCAGCCAGGAGAGCACAUACGAUGUCGGCAGGAGGCCGAGCUUGCGAGGAUGGGCUUUGACCUGCAGAACGUCUGGAGAGUCUCGCAUAUCAACAGCAACUACAAAUUGUGCCCCAGUUACCCCCAGAAGCUGCUGGUUCCCGUGUGGAUCACAGAUAAAGAGCUGCAGAAUGUGGCUUCCUUCCGCUCCUGGAAGCGGGUCCCUGUGGUUGUGUAUAGACACCUACGCAACGGGGCUGCCAUCGCCCGCUGCAGCCAGCCCGAGAUCAGCUGGUGGGGCUGGCGCAAUGCCGAUGAUGAGUACUUAGUCACGUCCAUUGCUAAAGCCUGUGCCCUGGACCCAGGGACAAGGACCACUGGGGGCUCUGUCAGCACCGGGAAUAGUGAUGCCGGCGAGGCAUGUGAUGCUGACUUCGAUUCCUCCCUGACUGCAUGCUCCGGAGUGGAGAGCACAGCUGCCCCCCAGAAGCUGCUGAUUCUGGACGCCCGAUCCUACACGGCGGCGGUGGCCAACCGGGCCAAGGGUGGAGGUUGUGAAUGUGAAGAGUACUACCCCAACUGUGAGGUCGUGUUCAUGGGAAUGGCCAACAUCCAUGCCAUCCGGAACAGCUUCCAGUACCUCCGUGCUGUGUGUAGCCAGAUGCCCGAUCCCAGCAACUGGUUGUCGGCUCUGGAGAGCACCAAAUGGCUGCAGCACCUGUCGGUGAUGCUGAAGGCAGCUGUGCUCGUGGCUAAUACAGUAGACCGGGAGGGCCGGCCUGUGCUGGUGCACUGCUCAGAUGGCUGGGACCGGACGCCGCAGAUCGUAGCCCUGGCCAAAAUACUACUGGACCCGUAUUACAGGACGUUGGAGGGUUUCCAAGUGUUAGUAGAAUCUGACUGGCUGGAUUUUGGGCACAAGUUUGGAGACCGCUGCGGCCACCAGGAGAACGCAGAGGACCAGAACGAGCAGUGCCCUGUGUUCCUCCAGUGGCUCGAUUCUGUUCACCAGUUGCUCAAGCAGUUUCCCUGCCUGUUUGAGUUUAAUGAAGCGUUCCUGGUAAAGCUGGUGCAGCACACGUACUCCUGUCUCUACGGCACGUUCCUGGCCAACAACCCCUGUGAGCGAGAGAAGCGCAACAUCUACAAGCGAACCUGCUCCGUGUGGGCCCUUCUGCGAGCUGGCAAUAAGAACUUCCACAACUUCCUCUACACAUCAGGCUCAGAAAUGGUCCUGCACCCCGUGUGUCACGUCCGGGCGCUGCACCUCUGGACAGCUGUUUACUUGCCAGCGUCAUCUCCAUGCACACUCGGGGAGGAGAGCAUGGACCUCUACCUUUCCCCGGUGGCUCAGAGCCAGGAGUUCUCUGGCCGCUCUCUGGACAGAUUACCUAAAACGAGAUCUGUGGAUGAUCUUCUUUCUGCCUGUGACACAAGCAGCCCCCUGACGCGCACGUCCAGUGACCCCAACCUGAAUAACCGCUGUCAGGAGGCCAGAGCAGGCCUGGAGCCCUGGCAUGGCAAUCCUGAGGGGUCAGAGGCAACCUUCGUGGAAUCUGGGCUAGGAGGUCUUCAGCAGACUGUAGGAGAAACGGCUCUUCCUCCGUCUCUGCCCAGCAGCCAGAAAGACUACUUGAGCAGUAAACCUUUCAAGAGUCACAGAAGCUCUUCUCCAAGUUACAGGCUGCUUAAUGCUGCAGUGCCCCAGGAAACGAAGAGCAGCACCUCUGAUCCUGAGUUCAAAGUCCUAGAAGAGACUAAGGCACCAGCUCCAGACCCUCCUGCCCAGGAUGAGCUGGGUAGGACUUUAGAUGGCACAGAGGAGCCACCUGAACAUUGUCCUGAAAAAGCAGCUGUCCGAGCACUCUCUAAAGUUGUUUCCAACAAGCGUGAUGGAACUUGUGAUUUUCCUGAGUCUUCCCAGGACUCCCUCACAGGUGCCCCCGAGCAGGCCCAGCUAGACUCUGUGCUAGGUGUGCCCUCCAGAGGUGCUGCAACUCACGGUCUGGGCACCCUUUGCAACCCACUGAGUGCUACCUGCCAAAUUCCUCCAGACCCAAGCACCGACUUUCUCAACCAAGACCCCCCAGGGUCUGUGGCAAGUGUCUCCCACCAGGAACAGCCCGGUUCUGUGCCAGAUCUGAUUCAGGGGGAAGAAGACAUGGGCAAAAGAGGGAAUAAUAGGAAUGGGCAGUUAUUGGAAAACCCUCGCUUUGGAAAGGUGCCAUUGGAACUGGCCCGAAAGCCAAUUUCUCAGAGCCAGAUCAGUGAGUUCUCUUUCUUAGGGUCCAACUGGGACAGCUUCCAAGGGAUGGUGACUUCAUUCCCGAGUGGGGAGACCACCCCUCGGCGGCUGCUUUCCUACGGCUGUUGUAGCAAGAGGUCGAGCAGUAAGCAGAUGCGGGCAACAGGGUCUUGCUUCGGGGGACAGUGGGCUCAGAGAGAAGGGGUGAGGUCACCGGUCUGUUCUACUCAUUCCAAUGGACACUGUACUGGUCCAGGAGGAAAAAACAACCAGAUGUGGUUGUCUGGUCACCCAAAGCAGGUCUCCAGCACGAAGCCUGUUCCCCUAAGCUGCCCUUCUCCAGUGCCUCCUCUCUACCUGGAUGACGAUGGACUCCCCUUUCCCACGGAUGUGAUCCAGCAUAGAUUACGGCAGAUUGAAGCGGGGUACAAGCAAGAGGUGGAACAGCUACGUCGACAGGUGCGUGAGCUUCAGAUGAGGCUGGAUAUCCGCCACUGCUGCGCCCCUCCAGCAGAGCCCCCCAUGGACUACGAGGAUGAUUUUACGUGUUUGAAGGAGUCAGAUGGCAGUGAUACAGAAGAUUUUGGUUCUGAUCACAGUGAAGACUGCCUUUCAGAAGCAAGCUGGGAACCUGUUGAUAAGAAAGAGACUGAGGUGACUCGCUGGGUUCCAGACCAUAUGGCAUCACAUUGCUAUAAUUGUGACUGUGAAUUCUGGUUGGCCAAACGCAGACACCAUUGCAGAAAUUGUGGGAAUGUAUUUUGUGCUGGCUGCUGCCACCUGAAGUUGCCCAUUCCUGAUCAACAACUCUAUGAUCCAGUUCUCGUCUGUAACUCAUGUUACGAACAUAUCCAAGUAUCUCGGGCCAGGGAACUCAUGAGCCAACAUCUGAAGAAACCCAUUGCUACAGCUUCCAGUUGAAUGCCAGAGGAGAAGACCUGUCCAGUUUUAGCAGGUUUGAAGGGAGGAUCUGCUUCAGGUGUAGUUUUGAAGGUUCCUUGGUGUGGCUCAUGAAAUCACAGAGCUCAAAGAUACAGUCUUGAGAAAUCCUCCUUGGUACCAUGAGACUGGAGCAGAGGAAUUCCAAUUUGGCAGGAGGUCCUCUACUGGUGAGACCCUUACCUUGGGGUAAUGGUCCUGAUCCAGACCCAGAGUCUGGAAGCUUAACGUUGAGUUGGUGGCUCCAGUUUCUUUCUCCUGGGGUCACAAGAUGAUGAUUUCAUAGAUACUGCCUGGUGAUGUGUGCCCCAAACAGCAAUAGAAAGGCAUAUGUAUAACCAAACUCCAAAUGAUAACCAGAUCCAUCUCUCCUCCACCUUGAAAAAGGCAGAUUAUAGUAUAUAAGAUAGGAAUUCCUAUCCUAUUUGAAAUGAACUAUACCCUGUACCUCUGUGCUCUGUGUCUGUGCAUGAAGGCUCAGUCCUUAGAGGCACUCCCUCUAGUUGCAUUAGCUCUGUCUUUCUGUGGAGUUUGGUUUAAAGACUGGUUCAGCAAGUGGAGGUUUUGCUGUAUUUUUCACUUGGCUCAUCAGCCAGCAUCAGUGAAUAUUCAGUUUAGGGGGACAGUUUUAGGGAGUGAGACCUUUUUGGGAGCAGAGGAAAACUCUGCUGACGUUCAGUCCUGGCAGAAAUCAGUUACUUUGAGCUGUGAAGGCAGGAGUCGUUGUUACUCAGUGGCAGCUCUCGAGGUAUGCACUGUGAAGAAUGAGAAGGGAAAAGCAGAAAUUAUCCUUGUGAAAUAUUUGCUGAUUGUGCCCUACCCUUUGCGCCUGACUCUUCCUAGUUGUCCUGGUGCUAACACAGGAGCUACACCCUGAUCCUCUCCUGGCAUGAAAAUAAAACACUGUUUAUUUUGGUUGUUGUUCCAUUGCCCUCUUCCCACAUGUCCUCCUUCCCUUGGCUGCUGCCUCCUCUGGGUCACACUGCUUCUUAUCCUGAACACUUGACACCUUGAGGGUAGAAUCUAGUGUUUGGUUUUUACCUCCUAGAAUACGCUGUUUGGUAUGUGAGGGUUUCAGUACAAAUGCUGCUGUCUAUUUCUGUGCACUUAACAAUGGAACCCAAACAGAAGAGAAUAAAGCCUCGAUACCAAAAUUGGGAGAGAAAAUGCGUCCAUUUGGACCAAAGGGUUUUUUUUUGUUUUUGUUUUUGUUUUUCCAUCUUAAUAUGUACCAGUGGCACUUAACCAAAAAAUACAGUGAUAUAGCCAUGUACUGUGGUUGGGACAGAUACAGUCUCCUUGACCUAUAAUGAAACCACUAGGAUUUCCUUAUAUAUUUUACUUAAUUCGUUGGUGUAUGGAAGGUAAAUUACCCUUAGGCUUACCCUGUUUUAAAAUUAUGGUAGCCGUCUAACUACUACUUGUUCAUGCUUCUUCCUAGAAAAAAAAUUUUCAUUCGAAAAUAACUAGGAUCUGCAUUUAGAACAAGAACUGUUAUUUGUCCUGACCUUUUCUUCAGCCCUACUGAGAAGCAUCUGUGCUUUUAUACUUGCCAUGGAUGUAACCUAAAAAGUUUUGGCGUAACUAGGUCAGUCUAGCGGAACUUUUUUUCGUUUAAAUGGAGUUGAAUAAUGGAGAUUUUGUGUCCGGGAAAUUCCUGAGAUCAUUGAAAAAAUAACAAACUAUUCCUUGUCUUGAUAAUAAAAUUCUUCUAAGCAUUUUCUCAGUCAUUAAAAUUUACUGCCAGUUGUGAGUGGCUUUUUAAUUAACUUGACUUUCACUGCACUUCGAUUGGCAACGUUUGAGGAGACUGUAUCUGUCUACUUUGUGUGGCUGUUUUGAGGGGCUGUCCCAUCAGUGAACAUACUGCAUGGCCUUGGAGAGAGACUCUGGGCUCUCAGCUCAGAUGUAUUCAUCAAAUACUCCUUUCAGAGCUCUUGUGGGUGUAAGUGACAUGAUGUGGCCAAAAAUCCAAACUGUGCAGUUGCGUUGUGACAAACAUGCAAUGUGCUGUAAAAACUCGAUACAAUUUAAAUAAAAUCUCUAUAU